UAUUAUUAAGUUUUUCCACAGGCAGUCAGUUUCACAGCAUCUACUAGUUACCCUUGUACAGCUCCUUUACACAUGGUCACUUCCACAACAUCUAUCAAUCCCACUACUACAGUUAUUUUACAACUGGACACUUCCACAACAUCUACUAGUUCUACUUCAACAGCUCCUUUACUCACGGUCACUUCCCCAACAUCUACCAGUCCCACUAUUACAGAUCAUUUACAAUCAUUCAUGUCCACAACAUACACUAGUUCUUCUUCAACAGUCUCUUUACAGCCAGUCACUUCCACAACAUUUACUGGUUCUACUUCUACAGCUCCUUUACACAUGGUCACUUCCACAACAUCUACCAGUCCCACUACUACAGGUGAAUGUGUAGCUGAACUGGAAUGUGGCUUUCAAGAGAAGCUCCUACUAAUACCCGUCUGCAAGAUAAACACAAUGUUUAAGCAGACUUAA